AUGCCGAAAUCGAGAAAGGCUCCACGUCCCACCACCAACUCGAGUUUGGGAGAGUCACCGGAGCCCCAAGCCCAACCAGAAGGCGGUCUCCUCGCAUGGACUGCAAUCUUCGCAGGCUGGCUUCUCUUCGCAAUAAGCUGGGGUCCAUCCCUCGGCUAUGGCGUGUUCCAGGAGUUUUACCAAACGACCUACCUACCUAACUUCUCGUCCUCCAGCAUAGCCUGGAUAGGCGCAAUCCAGGCCUUCUUCCUCCUCGCAAGCGGCUCGCUCCUUGGCCCACUAUUCGAUCGAGGAUACUUUGUUCCGAUCAUGAUAGCAGGAUGCUUUCUGCUUGUGCUGGGACAAAUGAUGCUUUCACUUGCGACGCAGUUCUAUCAGAUUUUCCUCGCGCAAGGAGUCUGUAUUGGGAUAGGGUCCGGAGUGGUUUAUGUCCCGUGCACGUCGAUGGUGGCGAAUUUGUUCAGCAAACAUCGUGCCAAAGCGAUGAGCAUGAUGCUCACGGGAGUUAGCACAGGAGGGGUGAUUUAUCCUGUGAUUUUUCGCAGCCUGCAGCCACGUGUCGGCUUUCCAUGGACAGUACGGAUUAUGGGAUUCAUCUCCCUGGCGAUAUCAUUCAUCGCUCUGCCAAUUUUCUGGCGGCUUCCAAAGAAAAUCAGCAAGCCGCGAGCCUUGUUCGAGGGGCAUGCCUUCAAGGAACCGGCGUUUAUGUGCUUCAGCGUCAGUGGAUUCUUCAAUUUCUUGGCCUAUUGGAUCCCACUGUUCUACGUGCCGACUUUUGCCCAGGCGGCGACCGGAGCCAGCACAGACUUGUCGUAUUAUAUGAUCUCUGUGGUCAAUGCCGGACAAUUCUUGGGGCGGCUAUUGCCAGCAUUUAUCAUUCCACGCACCGGUGCAAUGCAACUUGCCGUGCCAGUGAAUUUCGCUGCCGCUGCGGUAAUAUUCGGGUGGAUCGGAGUGCACAGCACUACUGGCUUCAUUGUGUGGAGCGUGUUGUACGGCGUAGCGACAGGACUGUUGACAGGUUCAAACCCGACGGCUGCGGCACAUCCGACCUUGACCACUAUAGACGUGUAUGGAACUCGAUGGGGCAUCGCAACGAUGAUCGCUGCUCUUGGAACAUUGGUCGGUACUCCUAUUGCUGGGGCAUUGGCAGAUCCGGCAACGAAUAGUUUCCUCAGUGCGCAAGCUUUUGCAGGAGCGAUGAUGAUUGUUGGAGCGUUGUUGUACGUGUGGCCACUAAUCGCUGCUCUGAAACAUGACCGCGCAAAGGUCGGUGUUCGUGACGACUGA